CAAAUAAAUAAUUUGUGCCUGACAAUGUCCGACUCAGAGGAUAGUAACUACUCGGGUAGUGAGAGAGGUGGUCGGAGUGGUAGUGGUUCAGUAAGAUCACCAGCUGGAAGUGCGAGAUCCGUGUCUCGUAGUCGCUCACGAUCCCGUAGCCACUCCAGAAGUCGGUCAAGAUCUCGUUCAGGUUCUGCAUCGGAAAGAGGACGAGCUGACGAAGCCGAGGAGGCACGAUCUGACGAGGAUGUGGAGCCCGAGGAGGAGCCCGAGGGUGAGGAUCUCGACAGUGAGGAGGAGGACGAGGAGGAUGACAGGCCCAAGAAGAAAAAAAAGAAGGACAGAUUCUGUGGUUUUAUCGAUGAUGAGGCUGAGGUUGACGAUGACGUCGAGGAUGAUGAUGAAUGGGAGGAGGGGGCACAGGAGAUGGGAAUUGUUGGGAAUGAGGUGGACGAGGUGGGGCCAACGGCCAGGGAAAUUGAGGGUCGUAGACGCGGAACUAAUCUGUGGGAUUCACACAGAGAGGAUGAGAUUGAGGAGUACUUGAAGAAGAAGUAUGCAGGAGAGUGUGGUGCUGCCAGACAUUUUGGUGAUGGUGGUGAAGAUAUGGGAGAUGAAAUAACACAACAGACACUUUUGCCAGGUGUUAAGGAUCCGAAUUUGUGGAUGGUCAAGUGUAGAAUCGGCGAAGAAAAGGCAACUGUUCUUCUGUUGAUGCGUAAAUUCUUGACUUAUCAAUUUUCCAAGGAUCCCCUCCAAAUAAAAUCAGUUGUUGCACCUGAGGGGGUUAAAGGUUAUAUUUACAUUGAGGCGUAUAAGCAACCUCACGUUAAAGCUGCUAUUGAGAAUGUCGGUAAUCUCAGGAUGGGUGUUUGGAAGCAACAGAUGGUACCUAUUAAAGAAAUGACCGAUGUCCUCAGAGUUGUCAAGGAACAAACUGGAUUGAGAGUUAAACAGUGGGUGAGACUCAAGAGGGGACUCUACAAGGAUGAUAUUGCCCAAGUGGAUAAUAUUGAUGACUUGAAGCACAAUCAGGUGACACUGAAACUUUUACCGAGAAUUGAUUAUACGAAGCCAAGAGGAGCCUUGAGAACAGCUCAAUCUGAGAGCGAUGCUUUGAAGAGGAAGAAGGGAAGACGCCCGCCAGCUAAACUCUUCGAUCCAGGAGCGAUAAGAGCUAUCGGAGGGGACAUCACAAGUGAUGGAGAUUUUCUCAUGUUCGAGGGAAAUCCUUACAGUCCAAAGGGCUUUUUAUACAAGAAAUUUUUGAUCAAUGCUAUUGUCACUGAGGGAAUCAAGCCGACUUUAUCAGAGCUUGAGAAAUUUGAGGAGGCACCGGAAGGUGUGGACCUCGAGCUCGAUAGACCUGAUGGCUCGCGAAAAAAGGAUAUGGUUCCCACUCACUCGUUCAGUACUGGUGACAAUGUCGAAGUUUGCGAGGGUGAGUUGAUGAAUCUUCAGGGUAAAAUCGUGUCAAUCGAUGGCAACAUGAUUAUGGUACUGCCCAAGCACGAGGAGCUCAAUGAGCCCCUGGAGUUUCAGGCCAAUGAGCUGAGAAAAUACUUCAAGAUGGGUGAUCACGUCAGAGUUAUUGCUGGGAGAUACGAGGGUGAUACUGGUCUGAUUCUCAGAGUUGAACAGAAUCUUAUGGUCCUAUUCUCCGAUCUGUCUAACCACGAAUUGGAGGUACUACCCAGGGACUUGCAGUUGAGCCCUGAUGUGGCAACUGGGGUCGACAGAUUGGGACAGUUUCAAUGGGGCGAUCUUGUCGAUGUUGACAAGCAAACUGUUGGCAUGAUUGUGCGUCUCGAGCGUGAGAAUUUUCAUGUACUGCAGAAUGACGGUAAAGUUGUCCAGAAAAGACCACAGGAAUUGACAAAACGACGUGAAAAUCGCAAUGCAUUUGCCCUUGAUCAUCAGCAAAAUGAAAUACGUAGAAGAGAUAUUGUUAAGAUCAUCGAUGGACCACAUACAGGUAGAGGUGGUGAAAUUAAGCAUCUGUACAGGAGUUUUGCAUUUGUCUAUUCACGAUUGUACGUGGACAACGGUGGUAUCUAUGUCUGCAAGACGAGAUAUCUCCAGUUAGCUGGUGGUGCCAAGAACAAUUCGUCAUCGGGAAGUGGACUCGGUUUUAUGUCGCCACGCAUCAGUUCUCCAAUGCAUCCAAGUAGCGGAGGAGGAAGGGGAGGUGGUGGUGGUGGUGGUGGUGGUCGAGGCCGUGGUCGAGGGGGUGGAGGUCAUGGUAUGCGUCGUGAACUUGAUUUGAUUGGUAGCACUAUUAAGAUCACUGGUGGACCUUACAAAGGAAAUGUCGGCAUUGUCAAGGACGCUACAGAUCGUACAGCCAGGGUGGAGCUGCACACCACCUGCCAGACCAUAUCUGUUGACAGAUCCCAUAUUGCCAAGGUGGGUGUGCCAACCAAGGACGGCCGUUUCAGCUCAUACACAAGAACCCCAGUGCACUCGACUGGAGGACAGACACCAAUGUACGGCUCCAAGACUCCUAUGCACGGCUCACAGACUCCGAUGUACGAGAAUGGCUCCAGGACACCUCAUUAUGGCUCUAUGACACCCUCACACGAUGGCUCGAGAACACCUGGACAGUCUGGCGCUUGGGAUCCAACGGUUACCAAUACACCAGCCAGAAACAAUGACUUUGAUGUUUACAGUCUGGAAGACGGUGGCUCGCCAGGAUACGGUUAUCCCUCAACUGGAGAGCCCUUUACUCCACAGACACCUGGCACCAUGUAUGGCUCAGAGCAGAGCUACAGCCCUUAUCAGCCAAGUCCAAGUCCAAAUGCCAGUGUUGGAGCUAGUCCCAGCCCAGCUGGAUAUGUUGCUCCAUCACCAUCUGGAACUGGCUAUACUACCAGCCCACGGAUUUUCCCAUCUCCAUCACCUAUUGGCUACAGCCCCAUGACCCCUGGAGCCAAUAGUCCUUACAAUCCACAGACACCGGGAUCUGGCCUCGAUACGGGAAUGGGUGGGGGUAUUAUGGGGAAUACUGAGUGGCACACCGUUGAUAUCGAAGUUCGAAUCAGAGAUUCACAUCAGGAUCCUGCCCUCGCUGGACAACAGGGAGUCAUUCGGGGAAUAUCGGGUGGAAUGUGCUCUGUGUUCCUGCCGGCUGAAGAUCGCGUCGUAAAUCUGCUUUGUGAACAACUGGAACCAGUUGUGCCCACUCAUGGUGAUCGAGUCAAGGUUGUACUUGGUGAAUCGCGCGAGGCUGUUGGGACUCUCUUGUCCAUUGAUACACAGGAAGGAGUUGUUAAGCUCGCCAGUGGAGAAGUGGCUAUGUUGCAGUUGAGAUAUUUGUGUAAAAUGAAAAGCUCGGCUUAGGGUUUCCGUUGAAAUCAAUUUCUACUCAUUCCUCAUUCUUUUCUUUUUAUUAAUCAUUCGUGUGGGGUAUAUGGGUGCAACCCCAGUUUUUUUCCAAUAUUUUUCUUUAGUUCAUUUAUAUUACAAGCAUAUUAUUUUAAAAACUUUCAAUUAGGGAAUCCUGUUUAUCAUUGUUUAACUAUCUUUUUUGUUUUUAUUCGUGGAAAUAUUAUCGAACAAUAAUUUGCUAUAGUUAAACCACUGCCGAAGGGAUUGACAGAAGUUUGUUUGAGAGGAGAGCGCGG